AUGUUGGAAUUCGGUUCGUUAAGCCGCUAUUUCCCUUGGUCGACGUGGGAUCUUACGCCAGCACUUGCCACUUUACUUCUCAGUAUGACUGCGUCGCGGUGGCUAUGGAGGAAAGAGCGUUGUAAAAUGUGCUUUGCGGUGUACCUUGGCCUUUCCGAUGCUCAAGACAAGCGAAUGAAGGGUUUUACGAAGCUGAACAGAAAGGUGCCCGCAGCAACCAAACGCGUUCUGAGCAUUCAGCAACGCCUACGGAUACUGUACAAGCUUCGCGCUCGCAGCGACAGUUUCUGUAUUGCACUGGCAGCGCUUUCAGUGCUCACGGUGUGGCUGCAGUUUCGAGCGAUAUGGCGUUCGUCCGCGAAAUUCCAUCGUGACCUCCCAUUGCAGUCGCCAGGGGAGACGUACGCGGCUCUGCUGUUCCUGAUCACAGUUCUCUUGCUGUACCAAGUGUACUACCGGUACUCCGUGAAAAUGGAAAUUAUGGUGUUGCGGAAUCAAAUUCCUCAAGAAUGUGGUGGCUCUAUCUGGCGGUCGCCUCGGCUGCUUCUCUUGCCACUUCUCGCUGAGAUGAUUCUUUGUGGGGUCUUCCUGCCGCCGUUGAUUCACGGGCGCGUAUAUCUGGAGGAAGAGCGUUUCGCAUUACCUCGGGCUACGCUGGAAGUUGUUCCAGCAUGUCCAAACCCUCUGACGAUGAAGUCUAGCCACCAAGGUUGCGAACUCGAGUACUCGUACCCUCUAGAGAUCGUGAACAUGUUCGUGCUGGUGCGACUCUAUUGGCUUGCGCGUGUAAUUCGCAACCAACUCUUGAAGCGAGUGGUGGCAAUGACAAUGAGUUCUCGAAUGCUCGCCGGGAAAGAUGUUCCUGUGGAUUCAUUGUGGUGGAGUUUUCGAGUAUCCUUCGCGUUGCGGCCAUCUAAAGUUCUUCUCACCCUCUUCGUGGUGCUGUGGGUGAGCACAGCCGCUGCAGUCUCAAUAUUUGAGAGGCCAUUUCCGUCCAAGCUCGAUGGUGAGGACCAUGCGCUUUGGCUUACCUUGGUCACCAUGACGGGGGUGGGGUACGGUGAUGCCUACCCGAUAACGGCAGGUGGUCGCGUUGCCAUUGUGUUGGGCGCAGUUUUCGGCGGCUUGGCGUUCAUAUCGCUGAUGACAUCCGAGUUUCUGGACUCGCUGAAAGGUACCAAGCGAGAGGAUGCAGUGUUAUCUGCCAUGGAUAGUCUGAAGUGGGAGCGUGAUGUGCGCGCUUUCGCGGCACAGCUUAUUCAGGCAGCGUGGGGUCAACACCGUCUACGCAACGGGGAGCCCAAGCAACGGGGCAAACUGAGUCGUCGAGUGAACAAGGCAGCGCACCAGUUCAAGCGGUGCCGCAAGCGAAAACCUAUGCACACUGGUGAUGCUUCCCACGCUCUUCAGACCGGCGGGUUGUCGGCUUUAGUUUUGAACCAAGUUGAGAGCUGGCUCGUAGCGACGCAAGUUGAAAGCGACACACUCCUUGACUCGUUGGAGCAGCAAGUGGCAAGGAUGGAAAACUCUCUGCAGACAUUGCUGUAG